UGUGAUUUGGCAGAUAUUUAGUAAAAUCGGACCAUGGGCCGUCCAGCUGCACAGAAGGUGAAUACCAACAAACUUUCAGAGUUUUUCUGAAUAUUUUUUUGUUUCAUUUCCAACGGACAUGGAGAAAAUUGUAGUAGUAACCGGAGCAAACAGCGGCAUCGGCCUGGCCCUGUGUCACCGGCUGCUGUCCGAGGACGGCCAGCUGCGGCUCUGCCUGGCCUGCAGGAACAUGAAGCGGGCUGAGGCCGCCCGUGCCGCCCUGCUGGUGACUCACAGCGGCGCGCGGGUGGACCUGCUGCACCUGGACGUGGGCUCUGUGCAAUCUGUGCUCAGUGCUGCAGAGGAACUCAAGGCCAGGUACCACCGCGUGGAUUUUUUGUAUCUGAACGCAGGAAUUAUGCCCAAUCCGACGGUGGAUAUAAGGGCGUUUUUCAAAGGUCUCUUUUCCAGGAAUGUCAUCAACAUGUUUGCGACGGCUGAGGGUUUGCUGACGCAGCAGGACCAGCUCAACUCAGACGGCCUUCAGGAGGUUUUCGCUACAAACCUGUUUGGUCAUUUCCUCCUGAUCAGGGAGCUGGAGCCUCUGCUGUGUCAGCCGGGUCACACCUCCAGGCUGGUGUGGACGUCGUCCAGCAACGCCCGGCGCUCGGCCUUCAGCAUCCAGGACAUCCAGCACCAGCAAGGGAAGGAGCCCUACAGCUCCUCCAAAUACGCCUCGGACAUGCUCAGCAUGGCGCUCAACAAACACAAGAACGAGCAGGGGCUGUUCUCCUCUGUGACCUGUCCAGGCCUGGUGAUGACUAACCUGACCUACGGGAUCCUGCCCUCCUUCUUCUGGACUCUCAUCAUGCCCUUCAUGUGGUUGAUCCGGAUUUUCACCAACACUUUUACGCUUACGCCGUACAACGGAGCCGAGGCACUGCACUGGUUGUUUCUUCAGAAGCCAGAGUCUCUGGAUCCCAGAGCAAAGUACCACAGCUUAACAUCCGGACUGGGGACCAACUACACCGAGCCACGCAGGAUGGACCUUGAUGAUGAAAUGACUGAGGUCUUCUUCUCAAAACUCCUUGAGCUUGAGAGAGAAGUGAGAAGAAACCUGAGCAAGAAAACCGCUGACAGUGAACAUUAUCAGCAGUAUCUCAAUGAGAUACAGUAGAAGUUUUUAUUAAAAAAAAAGGGUUUUCUGUCUUGAUUUUUUUUUUACCAUAUCAAACAUGCAAUAUGUUACAACUUCUGCAAAUUGAACUUCAUUAAAUGUUUAUUUUCCUGAA